AUGCCUGCACGGCGCUCUACAAAUUGUCCGCCUACCUUUCCCCCCCGUGCCUCCGCGCUCUACAUCGUCCGCCUGCGCUCCGCGCCGCCCGUUGCCUCCUACACAGGCGGAAUCCCCGGCUUCCCGGCAACAGUCGUGUGGGACAGCGACCCUAACGGCAACGCUAUAGAUGCGACGGCGGACGAUGCAGCCAACGGUGGCGAUGCAGCCAAUGGUGGCGAUGCAGCCAACGGUGGCGAUGCAGCCAACGGUGGCGAUGCAGCCAACGGUGGCGAUGCAGCCAACGGUGGCGAUGGAGCCAACGGUGGCGAUGCAGCCAACGGUGCGGACGUGGCAGCUCGCUCAAACUCCUCUAUUGCAAGCAAUGGUGACGUUGGCACGGCUUCUGGUACCCCUGUCACCGCUGCGGCUGCUGCCACUGCCAGCGGUGCAGGGGGGACCAGCCGUCGGCUGCGGCGGCCACGGUUGAACGUGAGGGCGCCAGGCGUGAGGGCGUUCAAGCAGCUGCUGCAGCGCAUGCAGCAGGCCGUGCUGAGAGACAGCGGGGUGGACGCGGGGAAGAUGCUCUAUAGGGCGGCAGCGGGCAACAGUGGCGUGGAGGUGCCUGGCGGGGGCACCAUCAGUGGCGUGGCUCCCCGGGCACGCCUGGCCAUCUACAAGGUGUAUUGGCACGUAUAUUACGAAUACACAGGCACUGUAGAUGCACACAUCUUUGCAGCCGUUGAUCAGGCUGUGGCGGACGGUGUGGAUGUGCUCACCUUGUCCCUGAGUGACAUGAACAGACGCAUUGGCUCCAAUGGCAAUCGGACCUUCUUUGACGACGUGCCUUUCCUCGGCGCCCUUGCGGCCGGGGUGACUGUGUCCUUUGCAGUGGGCGAUGCGGGCAGGUCAUAUUACCGUUACCUCUACGGUUCCUUCCCUGCCAUUGACAACUGUGCACCCUACUAUAUCAGCGUGGGGCCAGCCACCGUCUCCCCUGCAGCCACCUCCCUCCCAAUGGUUCCCACCUGGUCCUCCAUGGGCCCUCUUGCCGCGUCCGGUUGUACGUUCUGUCACCCGUGGAAACCCCGCUCCUCCAACGUCGUUCUCAAGCCCGACAUCAUUGCCCCGGUAUUCAACACCAUUGCGGCUGCGCCUGGGAAAGCCGUCGGCGAGACGGGGUCAUUUUGGGGGUUGGAGGAAACAGUCGUCGCGGCGACGCAUGUCGCCGGUGUGGCUGCUCUGAUCAUCCAGCAGCAUCCUGAUUGGACGCCCGCGCAGGUCAUGUCUGCCUUAAUGACGACAGCUGGCAUCACUGACAACAGCAACAAGGUGAUUCGGAAUGUGAACGGCGAGCCGGCAACGCCGUGGGAGAUGGGAGCGGGGCAUGUGUUUCCCACGAGGGCGCUUGACCCUGGGUUGACCUACGAUGCCGGGGAGCAAGAUUUUCGGAACUUUCUUGCUGGGCUGAGCAAAAAGCUGGCUCGAAAGGCGUUUGGACAGGUGCCACUGAAACCUGUUCCAGCCAGGAACCCAAAUCGGCCUUAUAUAAUGCUGGUGAACAUAGUGAAUAAAGUCAGUGCAAGGCGGACUGUGACGAGCGUCUCAGACACCACAUCGACCUACAGGGUGACGAUUAACGCCCCCAAGGCAGUGAGAGUGAGGGUGGUGCCAUCGCAGUUUACUAUAGCGCCGAGGCAACGCGUCCGUUUCAAGGUGAAGGUUGUGGUAAGGAAGAAGUUUAAGAAAUUCAAGUAUGGCAGCAUCACGUGGGAAGAUGACAAGGGGCAUUCCGUGCGCUCGGUUCUUGUUUUCCAUUGCAAACCUAAAUGCGUGUACUAUUGCUAG